UAAAUUUCUGCAAAUAAUUUUUUUUUUUUAUCAUGAAAACCAUCACCACCUCUCUCAUACAUCAUCAUUAUCAUCAUAUUAAUAAUAAUAAUAAUCUUAUUCCUAAUCACAUUUACAAACUUCAAUUCCCUUACUCUUCACUUGGAUUCCGACCAACAACAAACAACCGGUUUCGUGUUUCCUCCUCGUCAUCCAAAAACAAAGAUACAUCACCAGCUUCUACUCCACUCGAAGAAAACCCCGAACUAUUCGAUUCUCAGCUCACUUCCGACUCUGAUUCACCCACCUCCACUUUAACUUCUUCAUCAUUCAGUCCCACCUUUGCAUCUUUGUUUCACCUUUUCAGAGACAAGUUAAAGUUUGAUGAACUUGGAAUGGAGAUAAUGUCGAUUGCGUUGCCUGCCACAUUAGCUCUUGCUGCUGAUCCCAUUACUUCUCUCGUUGAUACCGCUUUUGUCGGCCAUUUAGGAUCUGCCGAGUUGGCUGCUGUCGGGGUCUCUAUAUCAAUAUUUAAUCUGGUUGCAAAAUUGUUUAAUAUUCCUCUGCUCAAUAUCACUACCUCAUUUGUUGCUGAGGAACAAGCAAUAUCAGUCAACGAUGAAACGGAUGCUCAUCGGAAAAAGUUUCUGCCAUCAGUUUCGACUUCUUUGGCAUUGGCUACUGCCUUUGGCAUUUUUGAAACUUUUGCACUUUACUUUGGUUCCGGCUUCUUAUUGAACACCAUGGGUAUACCUGUUGAUUCACCGAUGCGAGCACCGGCAGAGCAGUUCACUUCAUUAAGAGCUUUUGGUGCUCCAGCCAUUGUAUUAGCCUUAGCUGCACAAGGAACAUUUCGUGGCUUUAAAGAUACUAAGACUCCUCUAUAUGGCAUUGCUGCGGGGAACUUGCUGAAUGCGAUACUUGAUCCAAUAUUAAUCUUCUUUUGUGGACUUGGCAUUGGGGGUGCUGCUAUUGCGACGGUAAUUUCUGAGUAUCUGAUUGCUUUCAUCCUACUAUGGAAGUUAAAUAAAGAAGUUGUACUUGUUAUUCCAAAUAUAGAUGGGGAAAAAGUAGCUCGAUAUUUAAAAUCUGGUGGUCUUCUAAUGUCAAGAAGCUUUGCUGUACUGGUAACUAUGACUCUGUCUACAUCAGUGGCAGCAAGAGAAGGCCCCUUGCCUAUGGCUGGUCACCAGAUAUGCUUACAAAUCUGGUUGGCUCUCUCUUUGCUUACUGAUGCUUUAGCACUUGCAGGACAGGCCAUCCUUGCUAGUAGUUACUCACAGAAGAACUAUGAUCAAGCACGCAAAGUGAUAUACAGAGUUCUUCAGAUUGGCCUGAUAGCAGGUGGUAGCUUGGCUAUUAUGUUGUUGUUAGGGUUUGGGCCACUAGCUUACUUAUUCACCACAGACUCGGAAGUUCUAAAAAUUGCAAGGUCUGGAACCUUGUUUGUAGCCGCAUCUCAACCAAUGAAUGCUAUAGCUUUUGUUCUUGAUGGGCUAUACUAUGGACUUUCAGACUUCGGAUAUGCUUCAUAUUCCAUGGUGUUAAUUGGAUUAGCAACUUCAACAUUCUUUCUUCUUGUUGCUCCUAAAUUUGGUCUUCCUGGAGUUUGGACAGGACUUUUUCUAUUUAUGACAUUGCGGGUAGUGGCUGGAAUCUGGAGGUUAGGAACUAAGAGCGGACCAUGGAAAUUUGUUUACUCUGAAACAAUAAAGAAAUCCCCUGAAUAAGUCAUGCUGAAAUUUUCAUACUUAGAGAAUUCACAUAACUGGUUGGUUUGAGGAUCAAAUACCGAAUGUCUUCUCAACGGCUUAUCAAAAGCAGAAACCGCCAGGGGCAACUUAAAAAGAACACAAUUAUCUAAGAACAGGAAUGGACCUGCUUGAGAACCCAAGUAGAUCUAUAACCCAAGAUAUAUAACAGCACCAGAUCGAUGUCUGCAUAGUAACACGACCUACAAGAGGCAAGGGACUUGCUAGAAAAAAAAUGGAAAGAAACCGAUCGUGUACAUUGUACAGUGUAGACGUAAUGUAUGCACCACUUGUAAAAUUUGUUACCAUUCAUUGUAACUCAUCACUUUAUAUCUGUUUCUUCAAUUGCCCUGCUUUGACAACAAUUCAAUCUGAUAUAUUUAGUCGUCUUCUGUUA